CGCGCUGGCGUCGCAGCUGCGCUUCGUAGACGCCGCGUGUCCGGGGUCGUACUCAGGCGCCGUCAGGAUUUUGAUACGUCAUGGUGCAUCCAGUUUCUGACCUUUCCCAGUCGAAUUAAAUAUCCAGACUUCAUCUUAAAAACCUUAAGAAUAGCUGACCCCGUGGUGUGCGCCUGUGGUCCCACCUGCUCCUGAGGCUGAGGCAGAAGGAUCCCUUGAGUUUGAGGCCAACUUGGGCAACAUAGCUGAGACUCCAUCUGAGAUUUUGGACUCUCUGCAGACUGUCCCUGGAUUGUGGGUUAAAAAUCUGUAUUCUGGUCUGAACCGUGGGAAGAAAAAAUAGUCGGAUGGUCCCUUUUAUUUUGGUAGAAACCAAAUUCUACCUUAAUUGCUUCACUCUCCAUAUGCAAGGACAAACGAGUUGUCAAUCCCGCUGUAUCCUGCCCCAUGCCUAGUCUCUGGCAGUCUUCUCUGAUUUGGUCUCCCUGCCUCUGGUCUCUGCCCUACGGUUGUAGCUGUCUCAUAGCAUCGUGCCUGAUGGUAUUGAACUGUGAUCUGGUUUUUCUGCUUGAAGGACACAAUGUUUUCCAAACUAGCACAUUUGCAGAGGUUUGCUGUACUUAGUCGCGGAGUUCAUUCUUCAGUGGCUUCUGCUACAUCUGUUGCAACUAAAAAAACAGUCCAAGGCCCUCCAACCUCUGAAGACAUUUUUGAAAGGGAAUAUAAGUAUGGUGCACACAACUACCAUCCUUUACCUGUAGCCGUGGAGAGAGGAAAAGGUAUUUACUUAUGGGAUGUAGAAGGCAGAAAAUAUUUUGACUUCCUGAGUUCUUACAGUGCUGUCAGCCAAGGGCAUUGUCACCCCAAGAUUGUGAGUGCUCUGAAGAGUCAAGUGGACAAACUGACCUUGACAUCUAGAGCCUUCUAUAAUGACGUACUUGGUGAAUAUGAGGAGUAUAUCACUAAACUUUUCAACUACCACAAAGUUCUUCCUAUGAAUACAGGAGUGGAGGCUGGAGAGACUGCCUGUAAACUAGCUCGUAGGUGGGGCUAUACCGUGAAGGGCAUUCAGAAAUACAAAGCAAAGAUUGUUUUUGCAGCUGGAAACUUUUGGGGUAGGACUUUGUCUGCUAUCUCCAGUUCCACAGAUGCGACCAGUUACGAUGGUUUUGGACCAUUUAUGCCGGGAUUCGACAUCAUUCCCUAUAAUGAUCUGCCUGCACUGGAGCGUGCUCUUCAGGAUCCAAAUGUGGCUGCGUUCAUGGUAGAACCAAUUCAGGGUGAAGCAGGCGUUGUUGUUCCAGAUCCAGGUUACCUGAUGGGAGUGCGAGAGCUCUGCACCAGGCACCAGGUUCUGUUUAUUGCUGAUGAAAUACAGACAGGAUUGGCCAGAACUGGUAGAUGGCUGGCUGUUGAUUAUGAAAAUGUCAGACCUGAUAUAGUCCUCCUUGGAAAGGCCCUUUCUGGGGGCUUAUACCCUGUGUCGGCAGUGCUAUGUGAUGAUGACAUAAUGCUGACCAUUAAACCAGGGGAGCAUGGAUCCACAUAUGGUGGCAAUCCGCUAGGCUGCCGAGUGGCCAUCGCAGCCCUUGAGGUUUUAAAAGAAGAAAACCUUGCUGAAAAUGCAGAAAAAUUGGGCAUUAUCUUGAGAAAUGAACUCAUGAAGCUACCUUCUGAUGUUGUAACUGCCGUAAGAGGAAAAGGAUUGUUAAAUGCUAUUGUUAUUAAAGAAACCAAAGAUUGUGAUGCUUGGAAGGUGUGUCUACGACUUCGAGAUAAUGGACUUCUGGCCAAGCCAACCCAUGGUGACAUUAUCAGGUUUGCGCCUCCGUUGGUGAUCAAGGAGGAUGAGCUUCGAGAGUCCAUUGAAAUUAUUAACAAGACCAUCUUGUCUUUCUGAGGGUAGCCAGCUGUUUUCAGUGGUCUCUGGGAGCCAGCUGGAGACAGGUGGUCUUGUAAAAGCUUUGUUCUUAAUGCGGGCACAUUCCACUCCCAUGAGUCUUCAAAAACUUUUUUUUUUUGAAUAUAUGUUUUUUUCAGUUGAUACAUAAUAGAACAACGUUUCUGACCCUGCCAUUUGCUUUGUAACGUAACUAAGAGAAUGUAAUGGCAUAUAUAUUCAGUGACAGUGUUUUGAUGUGAAUGUGUACUUUCUAAGUGAAAUGCAUCUAUAUACAGACAGCCUCUAAAGCAAGUUCUUCAGUAUAAUUUAUAUAUGUUUUUAUAAUUUCCUCAGUGGUAUAAGUGUUUUAUAUUUGAAAAAGUUAUCUCUGGGGUAUUACAUAAAAGGCUUCACCUUAUAAAAUGAAAUCAUUGUUAUUGAAUUUUAGGAAGGAUUAAUGGUUAAGUGUAUAUAAAAUACUAACAUUAAGUAAACUUCAUAUUGGCCAACACCAGGGUUGUAUUCUAUGGAUGUCAUUAUUUUGAAUUAAGAAUUAGUGUUUAACAUUCCUAAAUUGUUUUGAGUGCUUGAUUAUAAUUUGUAAAAAAUGUUUAUUUUCAAUAUUUCUUUAAAUUUAAAAUAAAGCUUAUAUUUCAGAUGUC